AUGUGGGAACGGGCACUGUUUCUCAACGGUUUCUGGGAACGCCUGGCUCCGUGCCUCCGCACCCCUCCUGCCAAGCGCGUGGGCGCUGCUCUUGUCUCCCCACUGCCAGGGCCAUCCGGUGCCCAGAGCUCCCCCACAUCCGUGGGCAGUCAUAGCCAUGGGGCCUGCCUGCAGGCGCCUCAGAGGAGCCCCCAGAGGCUCAUCCUGAGUCACGUGGGCCUGCAGGAGCCCUCCAGAUCACCCGUCUGUGUCCCAGCCUCCGGGAUCCGAAGGGUCAAGGCGUCCCUGGGCGCGAGUGCCCGGGGCUGGCUUGUCGGGAGGGUGCUGGGGGUGAGGAAGGCGAACACGGCCCCCCGCCGCGACCCCGGGAGGAGCCGCGGCCCCCAGAGCCGGGCCCAGUUCCUCCUGCUCGCCUGUGGUGGGCUCGUCAAGGAUGCCCUGUCCAAGCUGCCCUGUUGCCCUUGCCCCGGCCCCCCCACGCGUGUGAAGCUGGGUGGCAACAAGCCCAUCCGUGUCCCUGGGCCAGCUGGCCCCUUGACCCCUCUUUCCCAGCUGCCUCUGAUGCCGGGCCCCCUGGGUGGUUCUGGGCUAGCGUGCACCCCGAACUGGGCGGCCCUGCCCCUCCAGGCUCCAGGAGCUCCAGGGGUGCUCACGGGCCUCACCUCUGUCUGCGGGUCGGCGCCCCAGCUGCUGCAGGCUCCGGGCUGUGGUCCUGGCCCCUGGGCCCCUUUGGAUCUCGUGGUCACCGGCUCUGCCAGGCCCGCCUGCGAGCGUCCCCUGCUGGGCCCAGCCUGCAGCCCCCCUCCAACCAGAGCCCUCUCCUUCUGUCCUGGGGCUGCCCUUUUCCAAGGCUGGCACUUGGGAAAAGUCUGUACGGCAGACUCGGCUUUGCGCGUGUUUCUGCACACACUUCCACGUGACGCUGAUGGCCUGUCCUGGGAGGCCCAGCCCCUUUUUCUGAAGCCCCCCCAGGGCUGUGCACCUGGGCCGUGGGAGAAGCCCGUGGGCUCCUGCCAAACCAGACCUGCUCCCAGCAGCAUCCAGCGUGUGGUGCUGGGGCCCCGAGAGCUGGUGACUCCGGCCCUGCUACCACUGGCCGAGAAGCCUCCCCGUGCUGAGAUGAGCCAGCUGAGGCCGGCGCCUGGACCCCAAAGGAUCCGUCAGUGA